CGGUGGAAAAAAUAUAUUUUCAUACAACAAUGGAAGAAUUAGAGGAUGGUGAGGUUUUAGAUUCGGAUAGCGAAGAUAAAGUAGUUAACACAUCGUCAAAGAAUGGAUGUACUGAUAGAAAUAAAGUACCUGUGCCUGAUAUUGUGAAAAGUGUUAAUGACUCAUUAGUUAGUCGUUAUGCAGCUGUUCACUCAUAUAGAACAGCUAAACCACAAACUACAGGUUCUGAUGAAUCUGAUGCUAGUAGUGAUGAGGACUCAGACUUAUGGAACUGUAAACGAGCAAAGUAUCUUUCCAGUCAGCGUGCUCAGGAUUUUUGUUCUGAACGUAAUAAUCCUAGUUACUCAAAAACUGAACAUUUUAUUCAUUCACCUCGAAAGAAGGAAUUUGCCUCUUUCAGUAAAAGCUCCUCAUCUACAUCUCAUAAAAAGCGUGCAGGUAAUAAUAUUUGGGGAGCUGUAAUUCAGGAACAAACUCUGACACAAGACAUUCAUGGUUUUGGUGUUGAUAAGGAUGAAGAGUUGAAUUGUGAUCGUAAUGUUGAAAGUUAUGAUUACACAAAGUCACAUAUUGAUUCUAGACCGCAUUUAGAACCAGAUUUAGUUGCCGUAGGAUCCUCAGCUAAUGAUGAUCCUUUUGGAGGUGUGGUGGAUUUAGAACCUAAUGAAGGUGCUCAGGGAUUAAAAAGAAAAAGGCCAGCCAGGAAUAGAGUAGGAAAACGAACUUUUGACAAAGAUAAAUGUAGAGACCAUAUUGGUGUCACUUCAGAAGAUUCUGUGCCACAGAUAGUUAAUGCUAUGGUUAAGCAACUUAAUGAACCCAAAGUGGAACUAAUUACACGGGUUGUAGAAACAUUAGGUAAGAAGAAAUCAUUAGAAUUAUUGUAUCUAACAGAAGAUAUAGAAGAAUCUGGUGGAAUGUAUGUUAUGAAUGGAGAAAGAAGGAGAACACCUGGAGGUGUUUUUUUUCAAUUAUUAAAAAUGGAUAUGGAUGUCACAAAAGCUCACAUAAAACAUAUAUUUGCUGAAGAAGAGAAGCUAAAAACGAAGGGUUAUAGAGAAGCCAGACGUAGAAAAUUACAAGAGAAAUCAUCUAAAGAAAAUCGAAAUGAUAUGGAAGAAGAUGAUGACAGUAGGAAACCAGAUACUACAUUGUUAGAUACUAAUACAUCAAUAGACUGUGAUGUUAGUACCUUAGAUUCUAUGAAAGAUGAUAGUAUUACAUUGGAGAUUGCACCAGAAGAUGAAAUCACAUUGAGUUAA